GAAGCAGGAGGGAGGGCCAGUCUGCGCCUCUUCACUGCGAUGAUGAUGAUGAUGAAGAAUCCGGCUGAUACGGGACAUUUAAAGUUUGUAAGAAAGUAGGGGAUGAUACCACAUUGGCUCCACUCCCCCCCGCCGGUUCAAGCUCGCUGCAAAUGACUUGCUCUCGUCACAAAAUAGACCAAAAUGCUGCGGGUGGUCAGGUGUGCGUCAAUUCUAGCGCCACUUGAGAAUAAUUGCGCCUUGUUGUGAGCCCUCCCCCACCCCCCGCUCCCUGCCGCACUGGUUCCGUCUGGCUCGCAGUCAGCUGCUGCGUGUCCCGGGAUGACCUGUUGAUGUCGGCUAGAAUGGAGACUGGCAGGGGGAGCGAUUUCCCCCAUCACCAAAAUAUUUAAAUAAGCCACAUCUCGGUGCUUUUUUUCCCCUCUCGGAUAAAACGACGGUCGCAGCCGAGCUACCUCGCCCGCGUAGACUAGCCUUUGGUGGUGUGCGUUGGCGCACCAUGGCCCAGACCCUCCAGAUGGCGAUCCCAAACUUUGGCAACAAUGUUUUAGAAUGUCUGAAUGAGCAGCGACUGCAGGGGCUCUACUGUGACGUGUCAGUGGUGGUCAAGGGACAUGCCUUCAAGGCCCAUCGUGCUGUGUUGGCUGCUAGCAGUUCUUACUUCCGGGACCUUUUCAGCAACAGCGGCGGUAGCGGAGGCUGCAACGGCAACGAGGCCAGCCCAACGGUGGUGGAGCUCCCGCCGGCUGUGCAGCCUCAGAGCUUCCAGCAGAUUUUGUCUUUCUGCUACACGGGCCGUCUGAGCAUGACGGUUGGGGACCAGUUCCUCCUCAUGUAUACCGCCGGCUUCCUGCAGAUCCAACAGAUCAUGGAAAAAGGCACUGAAUUCUUCCUUAAGGUCUCUUCCCCCAGUUGUGACUCACAAGGUCUUAAUGCAGAAGAGGCUCCACCAUCCGAGCCUCAGAGCCCCGUAACACAGACCGCUACCAACGCGGCCCGGCCCGCUGCCAGCUUGACGCCCCUCCCCUUGGUGUACCGAGUGAAGACGGAGCAGCCAGCCAGCCAACCGGAAGCCGCCGCCGCUCAUUCGGUGGUCUGCACUCCCGUCGCCAAGCGGCUAUGGGAGGGCGGCAGCAGCCGUGACGGGGGCGGAGGAGCCUCCGGCGCGGGAGGAGGAGGAGCCAGAAAAGCGGCACGUUACUCCCAGGAGGCGUUACGGGGCAGUGCCAUCCAGAGCCCGGGAGCCCUCGGCUUGGCCAUGGGUAUGGGCGCCACAGCAACCAGCCUGGCCGGUAUGGUGGCAAGCAGCGGCGCUGCCGGCACCAACGGGAGCUCUGCGUCCGGCGUCGGCAUGUCAGAGGGUGCCAGCCCCGGCACCCUGAGUACAUACGCUAGUGACUCACCCAUCAGCUACCAUGAUGAUGAGGAAGAGGAGGAGGGUGCAGAGGAUUGUGCUGAAGAGCAGUAUAGGCAAAUCUGCAACAUGUACACCAUGUACAGCAUGCUCAACAUGGGAGCUGCAGCUGCUGGUGAGCGGGUUGAGGCCCUUCCCGACCACACAGAGACACGUGGGCGCAUGCGGGGCAGAGACCUCACGUGUCUCCCUGCAGAACUUAUUGCCCAGAUAGGCAACCGCUGUCAUCCAAAACUAUAUGAGGAAGGGGAUCCUGCUGAGAAACUAGAGCUGGUCUCAGGUACGUCUGUGUUCAUUUCCCGAGCCCAGCUGAUGAACUGUCACGUGAGUGCAGGGACCAGACACAAGGUGCUGCUGAGGAGGCUGCUGGCCGCCUUCUUUGACAGGAAUACGCUAGCUAACAGCUGCGGGACGGGCAUCCGCUCAUCCACCAAUGACCCGAGCCGCAAGCCCCUGGACAACAGAGUGCUGCAUGCUGUCAAAUUUUAUUGCCAGAACUUUGCCACCAGCUUCAAAGAGAGCGAGAUGAACGCCAUCGCCGCUGACAUGUGCACCAACGCCCGGCGCGUGGUCCGCAAGAGCUGGAUCCCCAAGCUCAAGCUGCUGAUUGCCGAGAGCGACGCCUACUCCGCCUUCCUCUCAGACGGCGUCAAAGCAGAGGACGACGCCCUGGGCGCCGACCCCACGUUCGACCCCGCCUCUCUCGAAGCCUCCGGCGGCGCGGGCGUGGAGUCGGGCGUCUCUCCGGGUGAAUCUCUCCCGGGCGUGAGCGGGGACGUCGGAGCGUUGUUUUGAGCGUCGCGAUGGCGGGACGUUAAGCGACACGCGCACAGCAGUAUUUCCCCGUUGUGCUUGCCUCACUCUCACAUCUUGACUGUCUAUACUACACUGCUACGGCUGUAACGGGACACCUGCUUUUCUUUUCUGACUACAUAACGGAGCUUGCGGAGGGCAGGGUCAGCGUGAGGGGACACCCGGCUGUCCUCUGCCUCUCCUCGUCUUUUAAGGUGUGUGAGCAUAUUCAUUGUUGCGUAUUACAUACAUUCCCGGUGGUCGUGAGUGGUGACGGAGGUGGAGGCGGCGGUAUGGAAUGGCAGGGGAGUAUGCGGUGGUGAAUGUAUUGAAUGUAAGGGUUGCUGACAUUUAUUUGAUUUUUUUUUAAAGGAAAAAGUGAACACUCUCCUCGCAUCUUCCACGUUUUCUUCACCCAGCCUCAAGUUGUGUCUUAUAUAAAGAUAUCCCCCUUUUUUUCUCCUAUAUUUUUAGCAAGCUGAAAGGUGAUCAGAGAGGCAGAAAGGGGCGGAGCUUUUCACUGAGACCAUUUUCAUGGAAUUUAAAGGGCAACAGGUAAUCAAAGAUGGUGAUAUUUUUAGAAGAGAAGCUAUAUUUGUACGAGCAGGGCGAGUCUUUGUCCGUGUUUAAACGGAGCAAGUCUCGGCCAACAAGGAGAAGUGCUGUUUUUUAACAGUAAAAGUCACCUAAUUGCAGGGCCCUUAAUAAUAAUAAUCAUAAUCAUAAUCAUAAUCAUAAUAAUGACCUUUGUUUGACGGUGCAGAGGGGUGAAGCGAGCAGUUGAACUGCUAGUUUUGAAGCGUUUCCUGAUUCCGCCGGCGCGACUGUUGACUGAUGACAAUGAUGUGCGGGGAAGUUACAGCCCAAAAACAUGGAGUCAUGUAGCGGGGGAGAGCAGGGGUGUCCAAAGUGCUGCCCCGGGGGCCAUUUCGGCUGUGGCAUUUUUUUUUUAUUAUUGGCCCCCAGCACAUUAUAAAAAUAUGAAGUAACAAAAAAAAUGUAAAAAUGGAAAAAUAAGUGGUCAUUUUACAAGAAUAAUGUCAAAAAUAUUAACAGAAAAAAGUUGCAAUCUAAUGUGAAAAAGAUGUAAUUUUAUGAGAAUAAUGUUGUAAUAAUAUGAGGAAAAAUACCGUCAUUUUAGUAGCAUAAAGUUGAAAUAGCAAAGAAAAAAAAACAAGCAAAACAACCAAGUUGUAAUUUUUGGAAAAUUAGGUUGCAGAAAAAAUGUGAGAAUAAAGUCAUAAUAUUAUGGGAAUAAAGUCAUAAUUACGAGAAGAAAAUGUACAAAAAGAAAGUUGAAAUAGUUGGAAAAUUUCAAAGAAAAACAGCAGAAAUGUAAACAAACAAAAAACAGCUGUAAUUUUAGGAGACUAAAGUUAAAAUAUUAAGAGAAAAAGAAGAAAGAAGUCGCAAUUUUAUGAGACUAAACUCGUCAUAUUAUGAGGAAAAAAUAGUUUUUGUUGUUGAAAUAUUAAAGAAAAAAAUAUUUUUCAAAAGUGGUAAUAUUAUGAGAAACAAAAUACAGUUGUAAUUGAUGGAAAAUGAUGUUGGGGGGGAGUUACAAUAUUAUGGAAUAAAGUCAUAAUAUUACAAAAAGAAAAGUCAUUAAGAUUAUUUAAUAAGAAGCUUGAAAUAUUUGGAAAGAAAAAGCAGAGCAAAAAUGGGGGGAAAAAGAGCAAAGACCAAAGUUGAUUCUAAUAAAAGGCUUUUUCACCUUCAGUAAAUCACCAGGUGGACACAAAAUAUCAGAGUGGCAAAGUUGGCAUCCUUUCGUUUUUCACUAUGUGGCUCGCUGGGGAAGGUUUGGACACCCCUGGAGUCGAGAAUGCCUCCUGAAGUGGUCGUACUUAUCAAUAUUGGAAUGUGCCUUUGGAAUUGAAAUCACUUUGCAGAAGCGUGGCAGGCAAGUCGCAAGCAAUACUGCAGUUUUUUCUUGGUACUACCUGUCAGCGUGUGUGACGGAGAAUCAGCCUUCUGGUCGGGUUUAUUUUGGACUUCCUUUCAUGUGAGGCAGGGUGGGGCUUUUAGACGCACCUUAGGGAGAAGAAGCAGUGGUUUGUGCACCUUAUUGAAGUGUAGCAAUCCCUCCCCCCCUUACAUCUGGUUAAAAGUUGCAAUGCUUAAAUUCUAAACGUCACUUCCUGUUACCCAAUCGAUGAGUGUGUUACUGCGGGGGUGUGUGUGUGUGUGUGUGUGUGUGCGUGCGCAUGGUGAUGUGCAAACCAUGCCUGUGUUAAGAUAAAAGGUGGUUUUCUUAAGACGGGUGCAGCGUCACUAUGCUGCUGCUGCUGCUGCGUCAUUCCUCAUCCUCUCAACAACCUCACUUUUGACGAUGCACAGCACGCUAUUCUCCUUUUUCAAAACCACAAGAAUGUGUGUGCUGGGAUGAAAGCGAACCCAAGAGAGAUGCAGUACUGUGGGAUUAAGCAGUAAAUAACUACAAAACCUCAUACGAGCACUCCACUUACCUCGACGGUAUCUUUCAAGACUGUUGUGCUUCCUGGUUGUUCACCUCCACACUUUUCUGUUGUUGUUACGUUGUUUGGAUUCAUCUCGCUGACUUUAUGGCGUCGUGGUUCUGGUGUCCUCCCACUGUUUCCUUUGGAGAAACGAUGACGUUCACUUGCGUUCACUAACCUCACACAGUGUGGCUAUGCAGAAAGGUAUAGUCUGUUUAUUAACUGCUAAGAAUUCUGUCUUUGUGUGGUGUUGUUUGUCCAACCUGAAAGAGGUCUUUCAGCAGCCUCACUCAUUUGUCUGUUUUUAUGUUUUUUUUCCCUACUAUUACAUAAAAAAACAAGUCCAAAUCUAACACAAACCGACCGCAGUUAUCCCUGCACUCGUUUCAGUAGCAAGGCACCCUUGCAGAAAAUGAUCAGUUUUGCUGCAUGCUUUGAAUGGGAGAAGGAGCGCCAUCGUGUGGACAAGUAUAAAAUAGCAUGAUUGCGUUAUGGCAUUAAGUGGCAAUUUCAGGAAUUCUUUUCUCGUUUUGGGGCAAAUAUGUCAGUUUUUGUGCAGCUUUUCAUUAUUUUUUUAUGUUUUAUAUAUUAAUUUUUAUUUUAUAUUUUAUAUAGUAUUAUUAUUUAUUAUUAUUUUAAAGCUGAAUAUCUUCUGGCAAAUUUCACCUAUAUUCAUUCAACACAGCCAAAUUGGCAAGAAAAGAUAAAUAAAAAUACGUGAAUGUGUGAACUGUCCAAAUGGAGUGCACUGCUUGGUUUCAACCAGCAGAGGUGCUGCUGAGUCAGUUUCAACUAGUUUGUGUUGGUGUCACAUCCACGUACAACUAGCAUACAAGGCUGGCAUGGAAAUAGGAGUUCAGAACAUUCAGAGAGAGAUUCUCCCAACUGUCAUUUCUUUUUGCAUUUGUUUUAACAGCUAAAAGGGAAAAUGCAUUGUUACAAAAACUUACAAAAAAAGCCCAUAUGAGCAAACACCCCCCUACUGGUGGCAGACAAGUAGUGCACGCCAUUUGUUUCCUCUUGUUUCUUGAAGAUUCAAGCAAUCAACAAUCAAUCCCAUGCAUUUGACAGAAUUCUUAAUGACAUUCUGCUUUUGCACUGAACGGUACGCAGAACCUUCAGUGCAAACAAGUCUAAAUAAAAGCCAUCUGUGGCGACAUGAAGCCACAAGUAACCGUAAUGAGGUCCUAAAUGACAUUGCAGAGAUGCAACGACUCUUCUAUAUUUACAUCUGAGUGAUGAGUCAUUGACUCACACUGCAAUAUUAGCUGUGAAUCUGCACUAUUUUUCAAAGGAAGGAAGCGUUUGCUUGCUUUUGCGUCAGCAGCCGAGUCACUAUAGCCCACUGUGCCCCCCCCCCCCCCCACCACACACACACACACACACUAGAAAAACACUGGUUUUAGGGUGACUUUUCAAUUCUCAUUAAGAAUCUGUGACAGUCUGUUUUCAAAAGCAGUGUUUUGUGCGUGUGUGCGUGUGUGUGUAUGUGUGUGUGUGUGAGCAAUGCAUUUCAUCAAAUGUGUUUACACAACAUGUAGACCUACACACUUGAACGGAUAAGGUGUGGCAUGGCAUGGAGAUCCUUGUGUCACACAAUGGUACAUAUAUAAAUAUGAUAUAUACAGUACAUGUAUAGAGAAAUACUGUACAUUAUACAUAGACACACGUAGAGCUAAGAUUGUUUGUUGUACACUCACAGCAUGAGGUAUAUACUGUAUUUACCCCCAGAAACGGCGCUGCUGCUGCUGCUGCUGCUGCUGCUUCUUCACGACCCGUGCAGUACUGGCUUGGCCUGUGUAACCCUUGUAGCGCCAGUCCACCUCUUCUUUCUGUGUUCCAAGUGCCAAUAACUUUGUGAAAGCCCUGUAACUGUGACCCGACAUUAUCAAAGGUAAUUGCACAUUAACACCUGUAAAAUACAUACAAAAGAUGAAUAAUAAAAUGUGUCCAAAUGAAUAUCUUAAUAAAAGAUUUGUAACAAUUUCUCUAGUCGGCAUGGUUUAUUGCAAAUUCAGACACUUGCCU